GCAAACCAGGCCGCGAUGGGGCAGGAUUACUACGUGGUGCUGGAGCUGAACCGCAACGCCAAGGAUGCGGACAUCAAGAAGGCAUAUCGGAAGCUGGCCUUGAAGUAUCACCCGCUAAAGAACAAGGAGCCGUGGGCUCCUGGGAAAUUCAAGCAGUUGGCCGAAGCCUACGAUGUCCUAAGCGACCCUGUGAAGAAAGCCGUGUACGAUAAGUUUGCCGAGGAGGGUCUGAAGGGAGGAAUCCCCCUGGAGUUUGGCAUUGACACCCCCUGGACUGAAGGCUACAUCUUCCAUGGAAACCCUGAUAAAGUUUUCCGUGAUUUCUUCGGAGGAGACAACCCCUUCUCUGAAUUCUACACUGCGGAAGGGGCCGAAGUAAACAUGGCUUUUGGGGGUCUCCGCGGCCGUGGGGUGAAGAAGCAGGACCCCCCCAUCGAACGGGACCUCUACCUGUCCCUUGAAGACCUGUUUUUUGGGUGCACCAAGAAAAUAAAAAUCUCGCGGAGGGUGAUGAACGAGGACGGUCACGCCUCCACCAUUAAAGAUAAGAUCCUAACAAUCGAUGUUCAGCCCGGAUGGAAGUCGGGGACUAAGAUCACUUUUAAAGAGGAAGGAGACCAGGGUCCCAACAUUAUCCCUGCGGAUAUCAUCUUCAUUGUGAAGGAGAAACUCCAUCCCAGGUUUAAACGGGAGGACGACAACCUGCUCUACGUGGCCAGCAUCCCUCUGGGAAAGGCCCUGAUAGGCUGCACGGUGGACGUGAGGACUCUGGAUGACCGGCUGUUGAACAUCCCCAUCAAUGACAUUGUCCACCCCAAGUACUUCAAAGUGGUCCCCGGCGAGGGGAUGCCGUUUCCCCAAGACCCCACCUGCAAGGGAGACCUCUUCAUGUACUUUGACAUCCUCUUCCCGGCCAGACUCACCCCGGCCAAGAAGGCCCUCGUGAGGGAAGCCCUCCUGAUGUGAAGACCACCCUCCCAGUAGACCCGGCCGCUCUCCC